AUGGUCGGCUUGCCGGUGAUGGACAUUGCCACGAAUGAAGAGAGCCGCGCGUAUCCGUUGAGCUGGGGGUCGUCUGGCUUUGAUGACCCGGCAAACUUCACAGAUCUUCCUUCCGCUGACCAUGCUUUGUACCUGAUCAACGGACUCAAGUUUCACGUGGGCCAGCUAUACCACCUUUACGACGAGAGUCACUUCAUGAAGCCUUUUCACGACUUCUACCGCGCUCCAGCCGAGGUAGCGAGGGAGAAUAGGAUCUGGUACGUCCAGUUCCUAACUCUGCUCGGACUGGCCAAGGCCCUCGUUGUUCAGCCUUCGCGUCAAGGGGCUGUUCUGCCAGGAACGGACCUGUUCCUCCGAGCCAUGUCGCUGCUGCCUGAUGCACCGUAUUUGUUCUCUGACGCUCUGACGUCGGUCGAGACACUUUGUGCGAUAUCGAUAUAUCUGCAGUGCGCCGACUUGCGCAACUCCGCGUACAUUCACACAUCCGACAAGGGCGAGGAUGAUAGACUCAUCUACGGCCUGUCCGCCAUGCAGGGCUGGCGCAUCAGCAUGGAAGACUCCCACACGGCGGUUCUCGACCUCGGCAACCCCAACUCGACCGACCCCAAGAAGCACCCCGACCACCUGUCCUUCUUCGGCGUCUUUGACGGCCACGGAGGCGAUAAAGUAGCGCUCUUUGCCGGCGAGAACAUACACAAGAUCAUUGCCAAGCAGGACAGCUUCAAGAAUGGUGACUACUCUCGUGGUCUCCAGGACGGCUUCCUUGCCACCGACCGGGCCAUCCUCAAUGACCCCAAGUAUGAAGAGGAGGUUUCUGGCUGCACCGCCUGCGUCAGUCUCAUUGCCGGGAACAAGCUCUACGUCGCCAAUGCCGGCGACUCAAGAGGCGUCCUGGGAAUCAAGGGACGGGCAAAGCCCAUGUCUCAAGACCACAAGCCGCAGCUCGAAGCGGAGAAGAACCGUAUCACGGCUGCUGGUGGAUUUGUCGACUUCGGUCGUGUCAAUGGCAACCUCGCCCUGUCGCGCGCAAUCGGCGACUUCGAAUUCAAGAAGAGCGCCGAUCUCUCUCCCGAGAACCAGAUCGUCACCGCCUUCCCUGACGUGGAUUCUCACGACCUCACCGAUGAGGAUGAGUUCCUCGUGCUCGCCUGCGAUGGUAUCUGGGACUGCCAGUCCUCCCAGGCUGUCGUUGAGUUCGUCCGACGCGGCAUUGCCGCGAAGCAGGACCUCGACAAGAUCUGCGAGAACAUGAUGGACAACUGCCUGGCCUCCAACUCCGAGACCGGUGGCGUCGGCUGCGACAACAUGACCAUGGUCAUCAUUGGCUUCCUCCACGGAAAGACCAAGGAGGAGUGGUACGAGGAGAUCGCCAGAAGGGUCGCCAACGGCGACGGCCCCUGCGCGCCCCCGGAAUAUGCCGAGUUCCGCGGCCCCGGCGUGCACCACAACUACGAGGAUAGCGACAGCGGUUAUGAGAUGGACGCGGAGAACAAGGGAAAGAGCUUCGGAGUCGGUGGGUACCGAGGCCGAAUUAUCUUUCUCGGCGACGGCACUGAGGUGCUUACGGAUUCAGAUGACACCGAGAUGUUCGACAACACGGACGAGGACAAAGACCUUGAGAGUCAAGUUUCCAAGAACGCAUCGACCGACGGCUCUUCUGCUCCCCAGCCUGCCAGCGAGGCAUCCGCCACCGAAACGAAGCCGGAGACGGAGGCCGCAAAGCCUAGCGAGAGCGAGACGGCGCCUUCCAAGCAAGAGAAGUCGGAGUCUGAGGACAAGAAGGAUUAG